AAAUGUUGUGUAGACGACUAAUAUUUUCAGUAUUAGAAAAAAGGUAUUUAUACUCGGGGGUGCAGGCGACCUAUGUAACUUUUCGAUAUACAGAUAAAUGUUGUAAUUUAAAACAAUCAAUCAUUUGCAAUGACAUUACCAGCCGAGAACGUAACCUAAAAAUUAUAAAAAGAUUCAAACACGCAGGAAAAAAAUCGAAUGCAAAGCAAUCUGAAGAAGACGACGAUGAAGAUGAUGAUGAUGUUGCUACGCAGCAAGAUAAAACUUUACCUACAAUAUCCGUGCGCGUAACAUCUCUUCGUGCAGAUCUUCUACUCAAAGCUGGAUUAAAUAUUGCUAGAAAUAAAGUGGAAACGGCAUUCUACGAAAGCAAGAUACGAGUUAAUGGGAAGAAACUAUUAAAGAAAAGCAGUCAGGUGUACAUUGGGGAUGAAAUCGAUUUGAUACGUGGCCCUAGUCCUACGAACCCAAAUUUUUUAUUGGUUUCACGAGUUCAGUUGUUAGAUGCGAAAGGAGAUAAUGAAAAUGAAAAUAUACGUGUUAAGUUAACGAGACAUAAAUCUUUAGUUAUUGAAAAUUACGAUGAACCUUGGAAACCAACAGCAUCUACCGACAGCUAAGCUGACUUCACCAAUAAUUUGAACCUUAAAUUUCUCAAUUAAAUAUCUUAUAGAGUAAUAGAUCCAAUAUUCAGAAAAAAAAUUAUGAUUCAUCUUUAGGUAGCAUCUAGGAAUUAGUCUAAUUGUACUAAUUCUAAUAAUGUAUUUUUAAUUUUUUUUUA